AAACAUAUCAAAACUCAAAACAACACAUUAACAGAAAUGGGGUCUUCAAUGGCCUCUCUCAUUGCCACUCUUUUAGUGGUAACAAUCUCUUUAAGCUUCCCUUCUCAAACCACAGCUGAUGAUCAUUAUCCUUACUACUCUCCUCCUCCUCCUAAGAAAUCUCCACCACCACCUCCAACAUACAAAUAUAAAUCACCUCCUCCUCCUCCUCCAGUGUACAAAUCCCCACCACCACCAGUAUAUAAAUCUCCACCUCCACCCCCGAAGUACAAAUCACCUCCACCACCUACACCAGUUUAUAAGUAUAAGUCUCCACCACCACCACUCUACAAAUCUCCACCACCACCACCUAAAUAUAAGUCACCACCUCCACCAGUGUAUAAAUCUCCACCACCACCCAAAUACAAGUCACCACCGCCACCAAUGUAUAAAUCUCCACCACCACCACCCAAAUACAAGUCACCGCCACCACCUACACCCGUUUAUAAGUAUAAAUCUCCACCACCGCCAGUGUACAAGUCUCCACCACCGCCACCCAAGUAUAAGUCACCUCCACCACCUACACCAGUUUACAAGUAUAAGUCUCCUCCACCACCAGUGUACAAAUCCCCACCGCCGCCACCCAAAUAUAAGUCACCUCCACCACCUACACCAGUUUACAAGUAUAAAUCUCCACCUCCACCAGUGUACAAGUCCCCACCACCACCACCCAAGUACAAGUCACCACCACCACCUACACCAGUCUACAAAUAUAAAUCUCCACCACCACCGGUCUACAAGUCUCCACCACCGCCACACUACAUCUAUGCGUCUCCUCCUCCCCCACAUUACUAGGCUAUGGUUUCAUGAGGAAAUCAAGAAAGCGAUGUUAGAAUAAAGAAAGAAAGCGAAUUUGCGCGUUUGAUAAUACUAUAUUCUGUAUCUUCAAUUAUAUAUGGUUUGUCAAGAAAAGGGAAUAAAGAAAAGCAUGUAGGAUAAAUUUGUCUUCAAUCAUCAUUUUCAUGUAUUCGAAAAGUUGUAGUUGUCAUUGUUGGUCCACCUGUUUGGCCAUUUCAAUAAAAAUAUUUACUUACCGUUUUUA